AUGGCUAUCGUAGAAGUCUUUCUCGGUGCGUUCCUCACACUGCUCUUGGAUAAGAUGGCCUCCGGUGAGUGGUUGGAAUUUCUCCGCCACGAGGGCAUUCAUACCCAGCUCAGCAAUUGGACCAACACUCUCUCCCAAAUUCAAGCACUUCUCACUGACGCAGAGGAUAAGCAAUUGACCAAUCGAGCCGUCAACCUGUGGCUGGACGAUCUCCAGGAUUUGGCAUAUGAUUUGGAUGAUUUAGUGGACGACUUCUCCUCCGAAGCUUUGCGACGCAAGCUGAUGUCAGAGCAGCCCCAGGCUAGUUCCAGCAAGGUAUGGACCUUCAUCCCCACUUGUUGUUCCAAUUUAAGGCCAAGUUCUGUCAUGUUUAAUUUCGAAAUGAGGUCCAAGAUUGAGGAGAUCAAUACCAGAUUACGCAAUAGUUUUGAACAAGGUUCGAAACUCUAUUUGGUUAAGAUUAUUGGAACCACACCUACACCUAUGACUAAGACUUGGCAAAGACCAGAGUCUACAUCUUUAAUUGAUGAACCUCACAUUUAUGGCCGAGAACAUGAUCAGAGUAAGAUAAUUGAGCUGCUCGUAAGGGGGGAUGAAUCAAGUCAUAGCAAUGUUGCUGUAAUUCCCAUUGUGGGUAUGGGUGGGAUUGGCAAGACCACCCUCGCGCAAAUGGUAUACAACCAUGAAACCGUGCAGAAGCAUUUCGAUUUGAAAGCAUGGGCUUGUGUGUCAAAUGAGUUUGACAUUCUGAGAAUAACAAAAGCUAUUUAUGAUUCAGUGACUUCCCAAACAUGUAGUUUUAAUAACUUGGAUCAUGCUCAAGUUCAACUAAAGCAGGCUUUGGCUGGAAAGAAGUUUUUAAUUGUUUUAGACGAUGUCUGGAACAAUAAAUACAGUGACUGGAAUGUUUUGAAGAAACCUUUCAGUGAUGGAGCCCAAGACAGUAAAAUUGUGGUGACAACACGUAACAGAGACGUUGCAAGAAUGAUGGGAGCAGUUUAA